AUGGCGUGUUGGAUAAUAAUUACAGACAGCGAAGAGAGUGAUGGAGAGGGUGGGCUAGGGAAUCUAAAUCGCCUCAUUGUGCGUCCGCCCGGUCACAGCGGGAAGGCGAAGCGGGGUCACCUAUGCUUCGAUGCAGCCUUCGAGUGCGGAAACCUAGGGCGCGCUGACCAUAUUACCGAGCUCGAAUAUGAUCUCUUUAUCAGACCUGACACGUGUAGACCGCGCUCGCGUUUUUGGUUCAAUUUUACGGUUGAAAAUGUAAAACAAGAUCAGCGUGUUAUAUUCAAUAUCGUAAAUUUAGGAAAGGAGAACAACUUAUUUAACGAAAACAUGACUCCUUUGGUACGAUCAACUUCUCGGCCCAAGUGGCAACGUAUACCUCGACGACUAAUAUUUUACCAUCGGUCGCUGGUGCAUCGAGGUAGGAAGAUACUUAGUUUAGCGUUUGGAUUUGAUAAAGAAGAAGAUGUCUACCAGUUCGCAGCAGCAGCACCUUAUUCAUAUUCGAGAUUGCAGAAGCAUUUAAAUAUUUGGGAAAAGCGAGCUCAGACAUUCGCUACUAGAGAGAGCAUUGCACAAACGACACAAAAACGUCGAAUAGAUUUAAUUACUAUUGGAAACCUCAUACCUAAAGAAGAAAGUAAGGAGGAAUUAGUAGCAAAAGGAAAGCCUAGUGAAACAAAGAAACGUGUCGUUGUCGUGUUAGCAAGAGUCCAUGGCGGUGAACAACCGUCUUCUUACAUUUGUCAAGGUUUUUUAGAUUACAUAGCAAGUUCGUCAGAAAAAGCAAUGGCAUUACGUAAUGGAAUUGUAAUUCAGGUUGUACCAAUGCUAAACCCCGAUGGCGUCUUCUUAGGAAAUCAGCGCUCAGACUUGCUUGGUUCAGACCUAAAUCGCAGUUGGAACAAAGCUACCAGUUACGCUCACCCUGCUCUUAUUGCGGUCAACGAUCAGCUAAAAAAGAUUACAGCUGAAAAAGCUCUGCAGUUAGAUUUUAUUAUAGAUAUCCACUCCGAUAUAAGCCACGAAGGUGUUUUUGUACGCGGUAAUUCAUACGAUGACGUAUAUAGGUUUGAACGUCAUGCAGUACUUCCAAAGUUUCUGGGAAUGCGCGUUGAGGCAUGGAAGCCAGAAUCUUGUUUGUAUAAUGCAGAUCCUUUAGCUAUGGGCAGUGCGCGACGCAGCCUCCCUACAGGCACCAUCGACUCCUAUACGCUGUUAGCGUCUUUGGGUGGUCGACGAUUAACUCCAAGAGGACCCUUUUUACACUAUACUGAAGAUGCCUAUUUUAAAAUAGGAAGGUCUUUGGCAAAGGCACUAUGUGACUAUUACCGACACGUUGGUGUAAUUCCACCUCGCGAGGGUACAAAUAUCAAGAAAAAGGAAUCCCGGAGGAGGCGGCGACGGAAACGACCAAUCAAUGAACGAGAAAGAUCUCCCAGCUCAUCGCCGGAAAGGAGGGUGCUGGUUGCGCGAAUGCUAUCGCCCCCUUUACCAGCCAGAUCUCCGCCCGCGCUGCGAGCACUUCCUGUACGAACUGCAAGAAACGCAGGCCUGAGAGCUAGGCCGCGUACGGUUCAUAUUGUAGAAAGCAAUCUUCCGAUCAUUACUGGCAAGGCAGUUCGUACUCCGAGGCUGGCCGUUGUGGACCUGAGCGCCUACAUCCGCACGCCCGCGGCCGCCUGCGGUCGGCGCCGCACUGGCGCCAGCGCGGCGAGCGGCGCGGUGCGGGCGCCGCGGCCGACGCGCACUCGCGCGCGCCCGCUCACCAGCGACGAAUACGACACACACGAUUCGGAUUCCUAG